GGGAGAUCGCCGGUCCCACGCAAAAGGUCGGCGUGGCCGCUCUCACGCUUCUCUCUGACGGCGCGGCGUGAACGCUGUGCCGUGAGUGGCCGUGAGACCUUGUGUAUCUUUUAUUCUUUUUAGCGGUACAAUUAUGGCAGGCAUAAAACCAGGUGAAUUGGACGACCUGGACUGGGUGAAGGUACGAGAAGAUUUGGACAGCAGUUAUAUUACCGAGACGAUAUUCCAAAAGGCUAAACGUAAAACACAAGAGAAUCCGCUUGUACCGUUAGGAACGUUGGCGACUACAGCAGCCCUGACUGUUGGGCUCAUCAGCUUUUACAAGGGAAAAACGGCAAUGCAACAGUACAUGAUGCGUGCGCGUGUUGGUGCUCAGGCGUUUACCAUCGUUUGCAUGGUUGCGGGACUUAUCUUGCUGUCACCCAAGUCGAAUCGAGAUUGAUGGUACAUUGAUUCACGUGUGCCAUAAAAUCUGUAGUAUAUGAGAUCCUUGUGCUUGUCAUGUCGAGUACGAGGUACCCCGUAUGAAUGAAUACUUCCUUUUCCAUGUAAGGUACAUGUAAAUUAAUUUUUACUUGCAAAAAUAUAUCUAAUUACCAGUUAUUAUCAA